AUGGAUGAAAGCAAUCUCAAGGAUGUUGAAAUGUCGACCGAGAAGAAGUCGGACCCCGAGGGCCAUGGGGAGGAAAGACAAGAGCCUGAAUAUCCUACACUCGCCAAAUUAAUGAUCAUCCUUUCAGCUCUCUAUCUCGCUGUGUUCUUGGUAGCAUUGGAUCAAACUAUCAUCGGCGUCGCAAUUCCUAAGAUCACGGACCAAUUCAAAAGUAUCUCAGAUAUCGCCUGGUAUGGGAGCGCCUAUUUCCUGACAUCGACAGCUCUUCAACCCUCAUUUGGCCGCAUAUACAAAGUUUUUAGCGUCAAAUGGGGUUUCUUAGCUGCCAUUGUCAUCUUCGAAAUCGGGUCCUUAAUAUGUGCAGUUGCCCCAUCCAGUACAGUCUUGAUUGUUGGACGCGCCAUCGCAGGAAUUGGUGUCGCGGGAAUCUUCUCCGGGGCAAUGGUCAUUAUAUCCAUGACAGUUCCAUUACCCAAGCGACCACUUGUUUUCGGCAUGUUUGGCAUGGUAUGGGGUAUUGCAUCGAUAGCAGGGCCAUUACUCGGUGGCGCGUUUACUGAUGGGAUAUCCUGGCGAUGGUGCUUUUAUAUCAAUCUCCCCAUUGGGGGUCUGUCUAUCGCUGUCAUUCUCUUCAUUCUCCGACUUCCUGACAGGAAUGAGUUCUCGGGAACUUCGAUAGCAACUAGACUUCGACAGCUGGAUAUCAUUGGAGCUAGUCUUCUCAUUCCAGCCAUUGUUUGUCUAUUGCUUGCUCUUCAAUGGGGUGGGAAUCAAUAUCCUUGGAACAACUCCAAGAUAAUCGGCUUAUUUGUCGGAUUCGGCUUGCUAGUUCUACUUUUCAUUGCAUCGCAAGUGUAUCUUCGUGAGAAGGCCACAUUGCCACCCCACAUCCUUAAGAAAAGAACCGUGGCUUUUUCAGCACUAUUUGCCCUCUUCUUCGGCGGCGGCUUCUUCUUGUUGGUUUACUAUGUACCAAUCUUCUUCCAAAGUGUGAAAAAUUCCUCUGCUAUGAAAUCCGGAAUUCAGCUUCUUCCCCUUAUGCUUGCGACGGUUGUCUCCUCCGUGGUUGUGGGAGGUCUGGUGACAGUGGCAGGCUACUAUACUCCAUUUUUAAUCGGAAGCACCGCAAUCGCUGCGAUUGGAACAGGCUUAAUCACAACAUUUAAUGUCGAUAUCUCCACAUCAAAAUGGAUUGGAUAUCAGAUAUUAGUUGGUGCAGGAGUUGGAGCUGGCUUUCAAAUCCCAAUGACUGCUGUACAGACUGUUCUCGAACCAGAGGAUAUCCCGGUCGGAACAGCAAUUGUCAUGUUUUUCCAAACUUUGGGAGGCGCCCUGUUCCUUGCAGUUGGACAAUCCGUCUUCCAAAACGGCUUAAUUGAUGGAAUCCAUAAAUAUGCGCCCGAAAUCGAUCCCGCGGUGAUUGUGGGUGCCGGUGCAACAGAGAUGCGGCACACACUCACGACUUUAGGUCAACUUGACCAGCUAGAUGGAGUCGUCCGCGCAUACAUGUCAGGUCUUCAAGAUGCAUACCGCGUAAGCCUUGCCAUUAUGAUUUUAGCUUUUCUGUCGAGCUGUUUUCUGGAGUUCAAGAGUGUGAAAAAGGCAGACCAGGAACGGAAGGGUGAGCUGGCGAUACCAGCGCUAUGA